AUGGCAGCGAAUGUUCCAAGAAUAACUCUGUCUCUAGCGGCUGUGAGAACAUUCCACUCUGGUUCAAUAGUGUCAGCUGGUCAGCAGUGGAGACUGGGCUGCGGGAGAGCUCGCAGCGGAACUGAAUACGGACCUCUCACCGAUCUCCCGGACUGGUGCUACGCGGACGGGAGGCAGGCCCCGCCCACCAAGGGUCACGUGAGGCGGGCUCAGCGGCAGAGAAAGAUCGGACAGAAGAUUCAGAGACUGAUAUCAGAGAUGGAGAAGGCUGAAGAGACUGCUUAG